AUGAACUUUAUUGAAGAUGUGCCAGAAGAGACACUAGUCGUAAUCAACUACAAGUGUGAAUUUUUAAAUAAAGAUACCAGUGUAUAUUUACUUUCCUUUCCUGGAUCUUGUGCAUAUAUCGAAAUUCAUAACCCUGCUGGAGAGUUAAUACUUGCCAAGCAUUAUGGAGGAAAAGGAAAAAUUGUAUUCCAUUCUACUAUUUCUGGUGAGCAUCAUUUAUCAAUAUACAUGCAGAAAUUAGACACUGAAGUUGAGAGAGAGUUGAGAUUUCAUAUCAAGAUAGUGUCUGGAGAAAAAGCUAUUGAUUUUCAGAAAAUCGGAAGAACUGAAAAACUAAAUGAUUUAGAAUUACAAGUUCGACAGCUGAUUGAGAAGACUGACGAUAUUCUCAAAGAACAGGCUUAUCAACGGCAAAGAGAGGUCCAGUUUAGAGAAACCAGUAUAAGCUCAAAUAACCGUCUGGUUUAUUUUUCUGUUUUUCAAUUUUGUUUGUUAACUGCUACAACUUGGUGGCAAAUGAGACAGUUGAAAAAGUUUUUUAUGUAUAAAAAGCUCAUCUAG